AUGCCUGGAAAAUACUCAGGCCUUCAAGGUCGAAUUAAAGAGAUUUCUCCUACAGCUGAAUAUAUUCCAGGCUCUGCUCACUCUUUAAAUUUGGUUGGAGUAGCAGCUAUCGAGUCUUGUGAACUGGCUAUUUCUUUCUUUGGCCUGAUCCAGAGUAUUUAUAAUUUCUUCUCAGCAUCGACCCAUAGAUGGGCUAUUUUGUCCGAAAAAUUAAAAAAUAAACUCACUGUCAAGUCCCUUAGUAUAACAAGAUGGUCUGCUGAUGCUGCAGAAGCUACAAAGUCAUUGCAGGAAGGAUAUUAUCACCACAUCAAUGAGCAAGUUGAAAAGGCCAAGUAUUAUUCCCUGAUUCUUGACUGUACUCCCGAUGCAAGUAAAGUAGAACAGAUGACAUUUGUGGUAAGAUUUGUCUCCAUGCAGGAAUCAGAGUCUGAAGUUCAAGUUAAUAUCAACGAACAUUUUUUGGGGUUUCUACCCAUUGAGAGAUCAACAGCUAAGGAAUUGUCGGAGGUUUUACUAGAAGAGCUAGAGAAAAAUAGGCUUAAAGUAGAAAACAUGCGCUAUCAAGGGUAUGACAAUGGUUCCAAUAUGAGAGGAGAAAAAUCGGGAGUACAAACAAGAAUCAGAAAUAUAAACCCUAGAGCAUUUUAUGUUACAAGCAGCAGCCAUUCGCUAAAUUGGUUGUAA